CCUGCUCAUUUUUUUUCGUAACACAGAGAUCCAUAGAAGGUCUUUCAAUCUCUUCAAAUUUCGGGAUGGAUCAGAACCAGCCUCCAGGGGAAAACUACGCCCACCCAAAGAUUUGUUUCUUUCACGUCCUUUUCAAGGCUGCAUCUUUGGUGUUUUACAUACUUUCUACCAUUUUCGUUGAUAGCUUUGUCAUUAUAUUUGUGGUGACUGUACUCCUUGCUGCUUUGGAUUUCUGGGUAGUCAAGAAUGUGAGUGGGCGCAUCUUAGUUGGUUUGAGGUGGUGGAACGAAAUAAAUGAUCUAGGAGAGAGUGUGUGGAGAUUUGAAUGCCUUGACCAAGAGUCGUUGGCUCGGAUGAACAAGAAGGAUUCAUGGCUAUUCUGGUGGACCCUUUACCUUGCGGCAGUUGUAUGGAUCUUGCUCGGGAUAUUCUCUCUCGUAAGGUUUCAAGCUGACUAUCUGCUAGUUGUAGGGGUUUGUUUAACCCUCAGCCUUGCAAAUAUUAUUGGCUUUACCAAAUGCCGCAAAGAUGCCAAGAAGCAGAUUCAGGCAUUUGCCUCCCAGACCAUCGCUUCCCGGGUUUCAUCCACAUUACAGUCUGCAUUCAGCGUGGUCUGAGUUUUCAGAGAGAAAGAUGGAAGCUGGGAAGUGGGUGAUGGCAUGUACAUUGUUACUGUACCGGAUUGUAUCAAACUUGGUUCUUGAUAAGCUCCUUGGAGAUAUAUCACAGGGCAGACCCAGAUGCUCUUUAUGACGUUUUCUUUUUUUUUUUUUCUGGGAUCUUAAACGUUUUGUAUGAUCAACAUUUUCACUCUGUCAAAACUCAAUAGCACUUUUAUUGACAAGGCUUUUA